ACACACACACAAAAAAGAAUCCAAGACGCAUAUUUCAACAAAGAAAUGGAAAGUGUGUUUUAAAAGUGAUACAUUGUUUGACUCACGUGCGCAUCAAACAGUGGCGAACAAGCAUGUUUGAGUCUUGAGAUACAUGCCAUAUUAAAAUGGCAACAGAAUAUAAAUAGAGCGUGAGGAAAAAUUUAUGUUGAUUCAUUUCAAAUAGCCUAAUGAUCCCGAUUUAAAAGAGGCCUUCAUCUGUUUUUUCGGAACACGCCCCACUUCUCGCGACACUAUGAACCGCCCAAACAGUUAUCGGGCGAUUUAAACCUUUGUUGCGAGAACGCGACACAUUGUUACCAUCACCUCAACACCGACUCAUCGUACCGCCGCUACCUGUAUAUUACCAGCGCUAAAAUGGCUAACAAUCUUAACGUCGACGAGGCUCGAAACGGCGAAGAUAACACAACGCCUGUUGACGAUGCUCGUCGUCUUACAAAUGGUGAAGAGAAUACAAUUCAAAGUCGGCUUGUUUCGCCAUCAGGAGUCCCGUCGUCAUGUGCACCUGAUGAAUCAGCAGCCCCGUAUAACCUUAAAACGGUGGUAUCGGUACCUUUGAGUGGCAGUAACAGUGGGUCUGAACCCUGUGACGGCGGUGUAGCAGUGACGCCAGGGGAUUCACUCCAGGAUACAACAACACCGAGUCUUCAGCCCAAGUCCAAUGGAUGCAACACGUCCACCUUGAGAUGUGGGGAAAAGCGGGAGAGGGAAUCGGACAACCCCUCUGAUGUUCCUGUGAAACGGCGUUUGAGACCAUCAGAGGAUAACGGGAAAGAAUGUUUACCAGACUACGACGUGAGAUGUGCGGAGCUAUGGAUCGAUGGUGAAAUGGCUGCUUGGGAGGCUUGUGAAUCAUCAAAGUCCAGCAGCAACACCCAACGCCAACAUGUUGUUCGACAACAUGACGGUAACCGUUCUGUCAAUCAGCCUUCCACCCAGAAGGACAUUGUACGUGUUGUUCAAGCCGAAGUGGCAGCCUGUUUUCAACCCAUCACAAAGUUGAUUCUUUUAAAUAUGGAGUGGAGCAGAACUGAUUUCGCUGAGAUGAUAAAUAGACUUCGUGCACUGCAAAGGGAUGUCACAGAGUUGGCAAAUGAAAUGCUUAAUAUGCGAGCAGAUCAAAGACUGGCGUUAGACGCAAUCUCUCUUAUGAAUGAAAGAAUGAGUGUCAUUCAAAGGUGUGUGCGUGAGACGCACCAAAUGAUGACUACUACUAGAAAAUGAUGGGUCUGUUUAUUAUAUCAUACGGAUUUUUGCCUAUUUUUGCUAAAUUUUUUCUUUUUUAUAUAUAAUUGUAUUAACGAGUGAUUUUUUUAAAAUGAUGUGCAUGCUUGUUUAU